GCAGACCAUGUAAACCAUAUGAUCAAUGUACCAAAAUAGAAUGAACUCAGUCAACUAAAUACUUGAAUUUGCAUUUCGUUGAAGGAAACAAUGAUAGUGUUAUCAAGAUUACGUGGAUCGGCUCUCCGUGGUUUUCAUAAGCACAUAUGGGUUAGAAAUUGUUCAUCAGCAGCAGCGGCAGCAACGCCAGAAUCUAGCACCAUGACUGGAGUACAUGAUGCCCAGCAGGCACUAGCGCUCAAGGAAAACUGCAUUUUGGUAGAUCCGAAUGAUAACGCCAUUGGCGCCAGCAGUAAAGCUGAUUGUCAUCGAGUGAAUGGAGAGACUGGAGCGGUCAAAUUACAUCGUGCUUUCAGUGUCUUCCUUUUCAAUUGUAAGGGAGAAAUGCUUGUGCAACGUCGUUCCGUACACAAGAUUACAUUCCCCGACACGUAUACAAACGCUUGUUGUAGUCAUCCACUGCACGACAUUGAAUUGGAGCGGGAAGAAGCUAAUGCGAUAGGAGUACGAAGAGCAGCUCAGCGGCGGCUUAACUAUGAGCUUGGCAUUCCAACGGAACAAAUUCAACCAGAAAACUUUCACUAUUUGACACGCAUACAUUACCACAAUACAGGUGAUGGUGUGUGGGGUGAACAUGAAAUCGAUUAUAUACUUUUCCUGCAAAAGGAUGUCGAUCUCAAUCCGAAUGAGAAUGAGGUCAGCGAAGUGCGCUUCGUAAAGCGUAAUGAAAUUGACAAGGCUGUGAACAAAUUCGAUGCUCCAAUGACACCUUGGUUUAGACUGAUCCUAAAGCAUAAACUUAAAGAAUGGUGGGAUAAUUUGCACCAAUUAAAAAAGUUUGAAGAUACGAAGUUCAUACAUCGCUUCACCUGAACAAUGUACCAAAAGUCUUUUUCAUCAUCAUCGAAUAGGCGGCGGGAAACACCAAAGAAAUUUUUGAUCGGCACUUUGACUGGAGUGGUCUCCUGUUUGUUAGUUUGCUUUAAGAAAUAGAAAUCAUUAAAAUUAUAGUUACGGGAUU